AUGUCCAACAGCAGCUCCUUCAAUGAGUUCCUCCUCCUGGCAUUUGCAGACACACGAGAGCUGCAGCUCUUGCACAUCUCACUGUUCCUGGGCAUCUACCUGGCUGCCCUCCUGGAUAACAGCCUAAUCAUCACAGCCAUAGCCUGCAACCACCACCUCCACACCCCCAUGUACUUCUUCCUCCUCAAUCUCUCUGUCCUUGACCUUGGUACAAUCUCCACUACUGUCCCCAAAUCCAUGGCCAAUUCCCUGUGGGACACCAGGGCCAUUUCCUACUCAGGAUGUGCAGCUCAAGGUUUUCUAUUUGUCUUCUUGUUAGGAGGAGAGUUUUCUCUUCUCACAGUCAUGGCCUAUGACCGCUAUGUUGCCGUCUGCAGACCCCUGCACUACGGAACCCUCAUGGGCAGCAGAGCCUGUGUCAAAAUGGCAGCAGCUGCCUGGGCCAGUGGUUUUCUCAAUGCUCUCCUGCACACUGCCAACACCUUUUCACUACCCCUUUGUCAAGGCAACACAGUGGACCAGUUCUUCUGUGAGAUUCCCCACAUCCUCAAGCUCUCCUGCUCAGAUUCCUACUUCAGGGAAGUUGGGCUUCUUGUGGUUAGUGCCUGUGUCAUCUUUGGGUGUUUUGUUUUCAUCGUGCUGUCCUACAUGCAAAUCUUCUCAGUUGUGCUGAAGAUCCCCUCUGUGCAGGGCCGUCACAAAGCCUUUUCCAUGUGCCUCCCACACCUGGCCGUGGUCUCCCUAUUUGUCAGCACCGCAUUUUUUGCCUAUGUGAAGCCCCCAACCGUAUCCUCCCCAUCUCUGGAUCUUGCGCUGGCUGUUCUGUACUCAGUAGUGCCUCCAACCAUAAAUCCGCUCAUCUACAGCAUGAAGAACAAGGAGCUCAAGAAUGCACUGAGGAAACUGGUCCAAUGGCAGCACCAAUAA